AUGCCAUAUUUGAACCUUAAGAGCCUAGAAGAAAUAGCUUCCCCCCCUCCCCCCUCCUCUAAAAAAUUGUAUGAACCUAUCUUCAGUGGGUUUUUCAAUCUAGGUCACUUGAAAAGAAAAGGAAAAUAUGAUGCCCGCAAAGGCAGGCGCCAGGACUACCUGCUGCCUCUACAGCAGCUGCGCUCCCAUCUCCAUCCAACCACAAACCACCGGCGACGACGACCACGCCUCCUCCUCUUCGGCGGCGACGACCAGUCCUCCUCCUCCUCUCUCUCUUUCUCUCUCUCGCUCUCCCCCUUGUUUACUCUCUCGCUCACCCCCACACCCCACAGAGCCAAAGCGAGUGGAAGUGUUCUGAUGGAGGCACUUUUAGGUUUUAAGGAAGAAUCAACAGAUUAUGACCAACUUGUGAUAUCAAAGCCGUCGUCAUCAGCAUCCUACAGCUACAAAUUAGUGCCGUGGUUGAGCUGGGACGAGUGGCUUUUCGUCGACGAAUCUCUCUUUUCGAAUUCACCUGAAUCUGUGGCCUCCGCUUUAAGAAGAAUAUCAGCAUGGAGAAGCAGAGGUUGUCUUCCUGUUGUAAUUGAAGUUACGGCAUCGAUUAUCGAAAUUCAUCAAAAAGAUCCUCACUUUAGAAAGGACCAGUCAAAUGAUGCUUUGGAUAAUUGCAGAGCAGAUCAAUCAAGUGAUGCUUCACUUUCAGACGAAAUGUUGGCCAUGUUAUAUUGUAUGGCAAUCAUGAGGCUUGUGAAUGGUGUUGUUGAGAAGACACGGAAGAAAACAGAGGUUUCAAUUGCUGUGGCUGCUGAUGCAAUUGGCAUUCCACGUACACUGAUUGAUAUUCGUCAUGAGGGAUCUCACCGUGAACUUCCUGCACUGGAGGUUGUUCGUAGUGCUUCAGUUAAGGCCCUUGAUUGGUUGAAGUACUACUACUGGGAGCCUCAGAAGAAGGCAAUUCCAUUUCAUGGUAAUGAGACUGCUGACAUCAGAACUGAGAUAAGGUCGAAAUUCCAUGAAUUGGCUUUCUGCUUAAGAGUUAAGAACACUCCUCCGUCACUUUCUUCAAAAGUCAAGGAAAAACGUGGUUCUAAGAAAGACCUUACCAAGAUAUUGAAAAGUCUUGUAGGGUUGUAUGCUUCCUUCUCCUCAGAAGUUGUUUCUAUACUGUUGGAGAUCUUGUUGAAUGCUAUAAAUAUCUCAGAGUCCUCGAAGCUUCCAGUAAACACCCAAAAUGGCCCGAGCCUACAUAUUUCAUUGAAUGAGUGGAAGCUUGUGAUAACAAAAUUUUCAAAUAAGGAACCAGAGUUACUUCUGGCUCUCCUGAAUGCAGCUCUUGAUAUGAUUGAGACUCAGGAAGCAGUGCUAUUUGAGACAGGAGGGGUUCGCACAUCAUCAGACAGGACAGAGAUACUUCAAGUUGAACACCUCUCUUCUCUGUUUAAGUGGCUGGUUGGGAAUUUUGAAGGAUUAAAGCCUCAUCUUGAAAAGAUUCCGCACUUGAGAUCAAAGUUUCUUCAGGAGAAAAAACGAUAUCAAAAGCAAUUCUGA